GUUCCGAAGAACACAGUGUGAUCUGACCAAAACCAGAAAUUCAGCCUCUGAAAUUCUCCAAUUCCCCUUUUUCCAUUUUCACCAAUUCCCAGCUUCCGUCUGUCACAAAUCCCACUCCCUCAAAAGCCACCAUGCCCGAUUCGCCAUAACACACAAUUUCAAAUUCCAUUCCGACCCCUUUCUCCCAACAAGAUGUCCUCCGAAGACAUGAAUGGGCUCAACUCCCACCUCGUCUUCCAAGAGGAUGCCAUGCCCUUCAAUUGCGCCACCACGUCGCAGCGCCGCGUCGCCGACCCAGCUCCCAAAACCCGCGAGCUCUGCGGUUUCAUGGACGAUAAGCUCUUACCUGUCGACCGCGACCGAUUUUUUGUUCACCAGGGCGAAGAUUUUCGCCGGAGUGUGUUCGGUCAUAGCCGGAAUUGGAAUGGUAAUGAGGGUGCAAGAACUGGUAGUGGCAAAGGGUCGGAUGAGGAAGAUGAUGACGAUGAAGAUGACGAUGAGGAAGAUGAAGUCGAUGAUGGUGAUGAUGAUGUUGUUGUUGAGGGGCUUGCUUCUUUGGAUGAUGUCAAUAAGUGUACUAAAACUGCUAACCCUAACAACACCAACAAAGACAUAAGCGAUCAGAGUAGUGAUGGGUUGAAGAAUGGGGCGAACAAAUUGGGGAAUGGGAAGCUUAAGCACCAUUCAUCGUUUGGUGGAACUCUGUUGGUCAAGGAUGGCUUGGUUGGCUCUUCAGGCUGUAACACAGGAGCUACUCGGAACGACCCAAAUGCGGUUACAAUAGCAGAACCUGAAAAUGCUUAUUAUUCCCAGUAUUUGCAAGGCACUGAGGGAUCUACUUCUGGGCAGAAGGAUUUAGCUAUAGAAAAUGGAUGUGGUUUUGGGAGAAGGGAUGUUUCGUUUUCAAGCGAACCUGAAGAGUCUCUGAGAGCAAUUCUCACCGACCCUGUGACGGGCGCUCUCAUGGACGAUGCAAUGAUAUUGCCGUGUGGGCAUUCCUUUGGGAGUGGUGGAAUACAACAUGUUCUUAGAGUAAAAUCUUGUUACUCAUGUUCUCAGUCAGUUUCUGAAGAUUCUAUUGCUCAAAACUUAUCUCUACAAGCUGCAGUCCAAGCAUUCCGCCGGGAAGAAGAACUGUUAUUUUACCGCUCACCGAAAAGGAGAAGGGAGAGGUUUGAGCAGGAUAAAGGUGGUUAUGGUGAUUCAACUCUCAUGGAUACUCCACGAGGUCGUGGUGUUCAGUUUCCUUUUGCAGUGACAGAUAGGGUGAUUAUCAAGGGGAACAAGAGGACGCCGCAGCGUUUUGUGGGACGUGAGGCUGUCGUUACAGCACAGUGCUUGAAUGGAUGGUAUGUGGUGAAAACACUAGACAAUGCAGAGAGUGUAAAGUUGCAGUACCGAUCGCUUGCGAGGGUUCCAAAUGAUGCAGCAUCGAAGACGAUAACAAAGAAGGUUGCACCGAAUUGGCUUUAGACUCGCAAUAUAGAUUAUAGGAACUUGAAUUUGAGAUGGAUUAGGAGCCUAGUUUUUAGAGGCUCAUUAUGUUGGAUUUACAUACACACAAAGGAAUUGCUGUAAAUAUGGUUAUGACAGAUAUUUUGCAUGGUUGAGCUUAAGGAGAGGUAGAAUGAGUUUUGAGACGUGAGUAGCAUUGUGUUCAAGUAAAGAGCUCACCUAAAUUUUGACACCUGA